UAACCACUAGUGCGUGUCAGCUACUCAGACGCAUAUACCGAGUAACCAACAAUUCACUAAAUCUCCUAAACAAAUUUGAAUUUGAAGCUUGAAAUAUGUAAUCCUGUACUCUGGAUUGAGGCCGCGUGUUUUGUUAGUGUUUGGUGUUCAAGACUUGACACUAUCAACUUCUUGUUUGUAUUAUCGUAUUGUCUUAAUCUCACGAUUGUGUUAUUUGUGUUUGUUUGCAUUCGUCUUCUUAAUUAAUUUUAAGUGCAUUCUUUGUGUAUACUGAGUGGUUGGCUCACAUUCUCUUGUUUUCGAGAUAAUCUAGAUUAUAUGGAGCUCACUGCUCCUCGCACUUCCGCUGCACACAAGGUAUCUUCAGGUUAAACGCAAACCUAACAAAGACGCAACUUUAUAUGUGUAAUGGACUUUAAAUCUCAUCCUGGUACUCCCGGUCAUGAUUGUCGAAUUGUUUUGGUCGCUCGGUACCACUGAUUGUUAUCGAUUAGCUCAUUACUAAAUGUGAGUGCAUUUUAUUUUCUUGAAUCUUCAGCACACAUCUGUUAUUCUCUUGAGGAUGAAUAUGCAAAAGUCUUGAUUCAACACAAUCCACUAUGUAUUUGUGUAAGUCUAUUUCAAUCCGAAAGUCUCAAUGCUUGAAAUGUGAGGAUGAUCCUACGUUAUUAUGGCUUGCAGUAUAAGAUCUAUAUGGGAUAGCAGCACUGUAAUGUAGUAUUGGAGUGUUACGCUUUCAAACAAUAAAAACCGUCAGUAAAUGAGUAGUGUUAUCUUAAUAAGAAUCUUCCAUAGUCCACUAUCUUAGUGGCUUCCACAUUUCCUGACGUAGGUAUUGUGAGAAAGUGGUGAAAAAAUUGGUUAGUUUGUGAAAUAGUCUUUUAUGUUUGUAGUUCACUGUUCAUAAAAUCUCGGAUAAUAUAUUUAGUAGCACACUGAAUAAUUAAAGCUGGUAUAACAAGGAUUUGAAAUGAUUAGUAAUUUUCCUCAGAUGUUCUAUUUUUUUAUUAGGGUCAAGUAAAAGCUGUUACUGUGACGGCCAGAUGAUAAUUCAUGGACUACCUUUGAGUGAUGCUUAGGUGACCUUAAAAACAUCCACCUUCUUGCUGGCGUUAAACGAAGGUUGCAAAUUUAUGUGGGAAAUUGGAGUUUAAGUUUUCAUGAACCGACAUCAACUGUAGGUUCAAAACACCAUUCAUCUCUAUGGAUGAAUGAAUUUCGCGCCAAAGUCCAAGACAUAUUUUAGGUCUGAUUAGUUCGUCUAUAAACUGUAGUCUCGCCAUCAAGAUAAUAUACGAAACUGUAACAAAUCGUACUCCUAAAUAUAACAAAUCGUUUGUUCUGGUCUUUUUGUUUCGUUUCUUUUUAUAAAUAAGCCAUUUUGAAUUUAUUAAGGACGCCGUAAUUUUCUGAUGUAUUUUGAUAUUUUAUUUUCCACGUUCUAAACCAAUGUUUAUCAUUCAUCUCUUUUCAGCUUCCAACCAGAUCUAUAUCAUUUCAUGCUAACAUCUAAACUGGUGAAUAUUUUUGACAUUUCAAAUGAGUCGUGUCUUAAGAUCUAGUAUCAGAGAAAAUAAGUCGGAACAAGUCGUACCUCGGAAACAACGAAAUGAAAGAGUUUUUUCUGUAAUCCCCUCAGUAUCUUCCAGCUCAACGGGAACUCCAAGAAGUCGUCUCACUCAGCGAAGACGACCGAGUCCCCCUGAUUCUUUUAGAGACGUAACAUCUGUCGGUUUUGAAUCUUUUAACUUAAGAGAUCAAAACAAUAUAUCGGAUAAAUUGAAUACUUCCCUUGACGAUCAAAAAGAAACCCAUCCACCUGUGGUAUUUGAUUCAUAUAUUACACAAUGUAAGGUCAAUUUCUCAGCCAACUCUGCAACUCAGGUUGCGGAUUCUAGUCCACUGAUUGUUGGAAGAGCAAAUGAGAUCAGUCGUUUGACAUCUCUGAUUCAGUCUUGUAUAGACACGAAGAAAAGUGCUAGUUUCUAUGUAAGUGGGGCCCCAGGAACUGGAAAAACAGCAGUUGUUCUGAAUGUUGUUCAAAAUUUUAAAACGUUUGGCAGAUGUAAUACUGCCGUGAUUAAUUGUAUGCAAUUAACGUCAUGUACGGAUAUUUUUGGACGAAUAUCUAUCGUUUUAGAAUCUCACAAUGGCAAGGAAAAUAAUUCUAUUAGCGAUGCUGAUUCAUUGGAAUGCUUUUUGAAUCAACAACCACAAAAGAAGACCAUUAUCCUAGUUUUAGAUGAAGUGGAUCAGUUAUCUACGCGUAGUCAGAAGUUACUCUACAGAAUUUUCGAAUGGCCAUCAAAACUUACUUGUCACAUCGUUGUUAUUGGAGUAGCAAAUGCUUUAGAUUUACCAGAACGUUUGCUGCCACGUUUGAAAUCAAAAGUUCACAAACCUACUCAUAUUAUAUUUAAACCAUAUUCACAAUCUGAGCUUGCUGAAAUUGUCCAAGCUCAUUUAUCCAAAUCAUCAAGUCGUGGAUCAUGUAUAGAAGCUCUUGCUAUACAACUAUGUUCUAGAAAAAUUGCUGCUUCUACAGGGGAUGCACGUACUGCACUAGAUAUAUGUCGCAGGGCGAUUGAUUUAGCCCAUCAAGAUGCUCGGAUGGAAAACAUAUCUGACGCGUUUAUUCCUAAAAAGGUGGCGGCUGAUUCUCACAUUACACCUUCCAUCCAGCAUAUAAGUAGGGCUUUAAAGGAAUCUCAGGUUGAUUCUCCUCUUCCUGUUAAAUCGUUUAGUGGCGUUAAUACAUUUACUACUAAUGGCUCUGAGCUGCCAUUGCACCAUAAGCUUCUACUGGCUAGCUGUCUUCUGUUAAGAAAACAAAAAGGUUUACGUGAAUUAUCGUUUAGCCAACUUUAUGAUACGUACAUUCUUAUAUGUAAGAAAAAACAAAUUACAAGUUUAAAUGAAUCUGAACUCUCCGCUGUAUGCGAUCUUCUUGAUUCUCGUGGAUUUAUUCAACUUACUGGUCCGCGUUACUCAAUUAAAGCUACGGUGGGUACACCAGCACGUUUAAGACGUAUCCGGUUACGUCUAGAUGAUUGUGGUGUCCAACAAGCUUUGAUGGACGAUUUCCUGCUGUCAUCAGUAAUGGAUAUAAAAUUAGAAAAGUAAUUUUAUGUCUAAUCAUAAUUUAUCUAUAUGUUUCACUGUUGAACUAAUCAAACACGCUCUUAUUUCGUAUAAAUUUUUCCAUGUAAGUGUUUCGACCUAAAUUCGACAGUGUUUGUUGUUUUCAUUACAGAUAUUUUUGAACUUAUGAAAGUCCUUGACAAUUAUUUUUGUAAUCUAUUCACUUAUGAAAUAUAAAGAUGUCUUAUCUGUUCUCCAA